AUGGUCUGCAGAAGAUCAGAUACUCUCAAAAUACAUCAACGUAUUCACACGGGAGAAAAACCGUACAGCUGUGAAGAGUGUGGGACAACUUUCACUACAUCAGGUCAUCUCCAAAUACAUCACCGUAUUCAUUCUGGAGAAAAACCGUACAGCUGUGAAGAGUGUGGGACAACUUUCACUACAUCAGGUCAUCUCAAAAUACAUCACCGUAUUCAUUCUGGAGAAAAACCGUACAGCUGUGAAGAGUGUGGGAAAACGUUCACUACAUCAGGUGAUCUCAAAAUACAUCACCGUAUUCACACGGGAGAAAAACCGUACAGCUGUGAAGAGUGUGGGAAAACGUUCACUACAUCAAGUGCUCUCAAAAUACAUCAACGUAUUCACACGGGAGAAAAACCGUACAGCUGUGAAGAGUGUGGGACAACUUUCACUACAUCAGGUGCUCUCAAAAUACAUCAACGUAUUCACACGGGAGAAAAACCGUACAGCUGUGAAGAGUGUGGGACAACUUUCACUACAUCAGGUGAUCUCAAAAUACAUCAACGUAUUCACACGGGAGAAAAACCGUACAGCUGUGAAGAGUGUGGGACAACUUUCACUACAUCAGGUCAUCUCACAACACAUCACCGUAUUCACACGGGAGAAAAACCGUACUGGUGUGAAGAGUGUGGGAAAACGUUCACUACAUCAAGUGCUCUCAAAAUACAUCAACGUAUUCACACGGGAGAAAAACCGUACAGCUGUGAAGAGUGUGGGACAACUUUCACUAGAUCAGAUGCUCUCAAAAUACAUCAACGUAUUCACACUGGAGAAAAACCGUACAGCUGUGAAGAGUGUGGGACAACUUUCACUACAUCAGGUCAUCUCAAAAUACAUCAACGUAUUCACACGGGAGAAAAACCGUACAGCUGUGAAGAGUGUGGGACAACUUUCACUACAUCAGGUCAUCUCAAAAUACAUCAACGUAUUCACACGGGAGAAAAACCGUACAGCUGUGAAGAGUGUGGGACAACUUUCACUACAUCAGGUACUCUCAAAAUACAUCAACGUAUUCACACGGGAGAAAAACCGUACAGCUGUGAAGAGUGUGGGACAACUUUCACUAGAUCAGGUGAUCUCAAAAUACAUCAACGUAUUCAUACUGGAGAAAAACCGUACUGGUGUGAAGAGUGUGGGAAAACGUUCACUAGAUCAAGUCAUCUCACAACACAUCACCGUAUUCAUUCUGGAGAAAAACCGUACUGGUGUGAAGAGUGUGGGAAAACGUUCACUACAUCAAGUCAUCUCACAACACAUCACCGUAUUCAUUCUGGAGAAAAACCGUACUGGUGUGAAGAGUGUGGGAAAACGUUCACUAGAUCAGAUGCUCUCAAAAUACAUCUUCGUGUUCACAAAGGAGAAAAACCAUAGUGGUUUUAAGAG